UGGGGAGAGGGGAGGGGAAAAGUUGGACACGGACAAUCUUGCAGCAACUUUUUUUCUUCUUUCCUUUCUUCGUGGAAGAAGCCUCAAGAAAAGAAAGGCAACGGGACAAAAGACGCUCUGGAUUACAUUUAAAGAGCAUUUGCAUCGCACCUCAAGAGUUCCCUGGAUUCAAUCACGCAUUUAUUUCCGGAUUAAUGUGGUCGCCAAUCUGUGGAUUUAUCAGUAGCUGAAGCUGGUGACGUGAGGUGUUUUCGGUGGAGUGAAACCAUGUGGCUUCUCUGUUCCUCUCUGACUCUGUUGGCCCUCAGCUUUGGAUCGUGUGACACGCUGACAUCAGAGCAAGAUGAACAGUGCCCAUCCUUACAAGUGGAUGAGUGGAAGUUUCCCCAGGCUGCCAGGCAAAAUAUCACAGGUUUUAAUCUGGUGAGGCGAUUCUCCCUGCUCAAGAGUACAGAUGUCAAGAAGAUCCGCAACCCUCGAGGACCCGUCAUCCUCCGCCUUGGCAAAACUGCACUCCUACGUCCCACCGAUCAGGUGUUUCCUCAUGGUCUUCCUGAGGAGUUCACCCUGAUCUUCACCCUGGCGUUAAAGAAGGCUGCCCUGCGAGACACCAUCUACCUCUUCCAGAUAUCUGAUCAGCAGGGAUACCCACAGCUUUCUGUAAACCUCAACGGCCCCGAUGGCACCCUGUCCCUGAGUGCCAGGGGUGUAGAGCCCGCAGCUGACCUGGUGAGCUGCAUUUUCACCGGGGAGGGGGUGGAGGCCCUGAUGGACUUCCGCUGGCACAAGGUGGCCCUUGGCGUGCAACAGGGAGCCGCCUCCCUCCACGUGGAUUGCAACUCCAUUGAGACCAAACCCCUGGAGCCACGCGGAGUUCUGCCCACUGACGGACACACUAUGCUGGGCAUACGGGCUUCAGAUGCUGGGCCUGUGCAGAUGGACAUUCAGCAGGUGAUGCUGUAUUGUGACCCCUCUCUCGCCAUUCAGGAGGCCUGCUGUGAGAUACCUGGAGCACGGUGCCCACCAGAGGCUCACAAGAGCCGCCGUGCUGCUGAGAAUGACCUGUUGGAAAACACUUUUAACCAGGAGAUUUUCGCAUCAAAGGAUCUGGCAGAGAAAUGUGCUGGUUGUUUACUCCUGAAUGGGGAAGAAAAUGUAGCUGCUGGGUUGAAAGGGGAAAAAGGCGACCGGGGUGAUGGCUGUUCUGGCUCUAAUCCAGGUCCAUGCACACAGGGACCCAAGGGCCAGAAGGGAGAGAGAGGUGAGCCGGCGCUGCCUGCCAACUGGGGCGAAGCAGCAGGGUACAAGGGAGAAAAAGGUCAGAAGGGAGAGAUCGGUACACAGGGUCUCACAGGCACUCCAGGCAAGGACGGUCGAGCAGGGUCCAUCUGUGUCGUCGGUCCCAAAGGAACGAAGGGUACCCCAGGUUUGGUGGGUCCUGAGGGUUUGGCUGGGGAGCCAGGGAAGCCCGGAUUGCCAGGCCUACCGGGAGUCGGAAAGCCAGGCUUACCAGGCCCUCCUGGUGAACCGGGUGGUGCAAAGGGAGACACGGGAAGUACAGGACCGCCGGGAGAAAAAGGGCUGUCAGGAGAUCCAGGACCAAGAGGACCGGCAGGGUUUAAAGGAGACAAGGGGGACCCAUGCGAAGUGUGCCCCGUGCUGCCUGCAGACAUGGGUAACACAGUGGCUCUGCAAGGGAAGCCAGGCCCUAAAGGAGAGCCUGGAUUACCAGGGAUAGGAGAGAGAGGACUGCCUGGGCCUCUGGGUGCAGAUGGCAAGGCGGGACACAAGGGGGAACCAGGAUCACCUGGCAUCAAAGGAGAAAAGGGAGAGCAGUGUUCUGUGUGCCCCACCCUCGGAGAGUUAACCCCUAACCUUGUCCCCGGCGUCCUCACCCAAACCCUGCAGCAGAAGGGGGAGAAGGGGGAGCCUGGGAUCGGACAGAAAGGAGAGCAAGGGGAGCCAGGAAAUGUAGGAUCAUCUGGGAUUAAAGGAGAGAAGGGUAACACAGGCAGCAAAGGAGCUGAUGGUAAGCCGGGAAAGCCUGGACCACGGGGACACGGUGGGAAGGAUGGACAGAAAGGCUCACAGGGAGAGCAGGGGCUGCCUGGUCUUGGUAUUCCUGGCCUUAAGGGUGAUAAGGGCGAGUGUGGUCUGUGCCAGCCGGCCGAGGUUGGUAGCGGACCCGCUGGCUUUAAAAUGCCUGAUGGAGUAAUAGGCAAGCCAGGCGAACCAGGCCUUCCAGGUCCACCCGGACAUCCAGGUCUUGGAGCUGAUGGCAAACAGGGCCCACCAGGUCUUGCUGGUGUAAAAGGAGAAAAGGGUGAAAAAGGAGAUCAAGGAGAUGAGGGACUGGACGGAGCUCCUGGAGCCCCAGGACUGCCUGGAGAGCCUGGUCGAGAUGGACUGAUGGGCUUGAAGGGAGCAAAGGGUGAUGCUUGUACCAGCUGUCCUUCUAUGGGCACUGCAGUGGGUGAUGGUGUAACUGUGCGAGGCCCUAAAGGAGAGAGAGGAGAACCUGGUCCCACUGGGGAAGGGAAGUCUGGCAGGAAUGGAAAACCCGGCUUACCAGGUGUGCAGGGGCCUGCUGGGCCCAAAGGCAGCAAGGGAGACGCUGGAGCUGCAGGAGUCGGCCUUCCAGGACCACAAGGUGAAGAGGGACCAAGAGGGCUCCCAGGACUUGUAGGAUCACCUGGAGCCAGAGGAUUGACUGGCCCUCUUGGCCCAGAAGGAGGAAAGGGCUCCAAAGGUGAAGUCGGGCUUCCAGGACCACAGGGGCCUCCGAGCAUUGGAGUAGCAGGGCCCCCGGGCAGAGAUGGAGCUCUCGGGUCUCAAGGAGCUGAUGGCAGACCUGGUCUUGAUGGAGCUAAGGGGGACAAGGGUGAGCCUGGAGAGUGCAACUGCAUAAUCCCUGUGCACACGGGCAUUGGCGGACCUGGAGCUCCAGGAACUCCAAUAAACACAUGGCAGCCCGGUCCUCAGGGCCCACCAGGACCUCCUGGGCCACCUGGCCCUCCUGGGCCUCAGGGUGUUAAUGGAAUCGAAGGACCACAGGGUAUCCCUGGAAACGACGGGAUACAGGGGAAACCGGGUAUACCUGGAUACAGCAGCCUCAUUGGACCACACCAGCUGCCUCAAGGAGAUGUAGGGGAUGGUGUUGAGGGCUGUGAAGAAGGGGACUGUUCCCAAGGAUCUCCAGGGGUGCCUGGCACAGCUGGUGCCAAGGAAGACAAAAUAGACCAGGGCAAGCCAGGUGUAACCCCAGUGGACAGCUGUGACAAGUGUCUGGAAAGACUGCAGAGAGAGCAGGCGACACAAGCAGUGGAUGACCGCCGAGGGACACCUGGAAUUCCAGGAACUCCUGGAUCACCAGGACAAAGAGGGGAGCCAGGUACACCAGGAGAUAGAGGCCAAGCUGGAAUACCAGGAAACAUGGGACCUCCUGGUUUCCCCGGUCCUCAGGGCCCAUCUGGUUUACCUGGUCAGCAGGGUGAGGCAGGGUCACCCGGCCUCCCAGGAAUGAAGGGCGAGCAGGGCUCUCCGGGAACAUCCGGGUAUCCAGGAAGCAUGGGACCACCUGGACUUCCUGGACUGAAGGGCGAACGUGGGACCCCAGGAAGCACUGGUCAGAAAGGAGAAUCAGGUUCCCCGGGUAACCCUGGGUACCAAGGACAGGCUGGCUCACCGGGCAUCAAAGGAGACACGGGACCAGCAGGGCCUGUCGGUGCCAAAGGGGAUCAGGGUUUCCAAGGACAACCAGGUUUCCCAGGACCACCAGGUGCACCAGGUCCUGCCGGCAAAACUGGAAGGGAUGGGGUCCCUGGGCUCAAAGGUGAAAAGGGCAAUGGUGGUGCUCAAGGCUCUCAGGGAUCAACUGGAUCUCCAGGCUCACCAGGCUCCCCUGGGCUGAUGGGCCCCCCUGGCAUUGAGGGAUUGGAUGGAAAAGAUGGGAAACCAGGGCUGCGGGGAGACGCAGGCCCUCCAGGCCCAGCAGGACCACGAGGAAUCCCAGGAUUCAAAGGGAAAACUGGCCAUGCUGGCUUCCCUGGACAGAAGGGUGAAGCUGGACCUUCUGGUCCACCUGGACCACCAGGCAGGCUGGGACACGACGGUGAUCCCGGGACCCCAGGAGCUCAGGGACGACCUGGACCCCCCGGCCACCUUGGUUCUACAGGUCCAGCUGGACCACCAGGACCUCCUGGUCCAUCAGGAGUGGGUAUAAAAGGAGAUAAGGGCCAAGCUGGUGAGAGGGGUCUUCCAGGGAUGGGAGGAGCCCCAGGACCACCCGGGCACCCAGGGCUCAUAGGAGAGCCAGGUAGUGAUGGUGUCCCUGGUAAAGAUGGAACGGUAGGCCUACCAGGGGACAACGGGCAGCCAGGUCAAAAGGGUGAACCAGGGGCUGCAGGCCAGAAGGGUUCCCCAGGGGAGAGAGGUAGGCCAGGGCCCCCCGGCGGUGGAGGUUACCACUCCAAGGAUGCACAGCCCAUGAUCGGCCCGGUCGGACCAAGAGGAGAGAGGGGAAGCCCAGGCUCAGAGGGCCCACCCGGACUCCCUGGAACUCCAGGGUCGCCAGGAAAUGAUGCUGUAGUCAAUUAUGAUGAAGUCAAGAACUUCAUCCGCCAGCAGGUCAUCAAGAUCUUUGAUGAGAGAAUGGCCUACUACAUGUCUCGCAUGCAGAUGCCAGUAGAGAUGGUGGCAUCCCCAGGUCGGCCUGGGCCACCUGGCAAAGACGGAACUCCAGGUAGUCCUGGGAACCCAGGUGCACCUGGAAACCCGGGACAGAUCGGCAGACAAGGCCGGCCAGGAGUCACAGGCCCCCCAGGACCACGAGGACCACAUGGAGAAAAAGGAGAUAAGGGUGUUGGAGAGAUGGGAGAUGUAGGACCUCCAGGAGCACCAGGUGUCCCAGGCCCCCCAGGCUAUAGUAAGAUGGGACCCCCAGGUCCUGUUGGGCAGCAGGGUGUUCCUGGAAUCCCAGGCUCGCCUGGGCAGCCUGGUGCAAAGGGACAUGACGGCCGGUGUAAUCCUGGAGAUUGUAUGAGCCAUCAAGUAGAGUACAGCCCAAAGGGCCCACCUAUCAAGGGCCCCUGGUAAAGGGCUAGAACUGAUGGAGUAGAGGGGCAGGGGGGACUAAAGCAAAGAGACUACGGAAAAGACAGGAAGCCAAAGACCAUGAUCCAAAGUUAUUAAAUCUGACCACACAAUGAAACCAAUGAGCUCCUUUAUUGUUGAAUUGCAUAGAUUUACCCACACAGAUUGCCACUGUAGUUCUGAACAGAAAUCCACAAUUUCUUUCUAAGGGCCCCACUGGAAAUGAGGCCUGCAAGGACACACCAGCAGCACAUUUUUAUUGCAUUGUUCUUUUCCCUAUGAAUGCCAAUUCAUUGCUAUAUUACUGCCUUUUAUUUUGGUCUUGCCUCUUUAUUCUCACUGCGUUCCACUCUUUUUGUAUAUUUCACACAACCCAGGGGAGGUGACAAUAUUCACAAUUUGUAUUUUCUUCUCCUUAAUUAAUUCUGAACCUUUCUGGGUUAUUUUCAUUUUCUUUGUCCACAUCUGUAGAAAGAGAAUGCACACAAUUAUUGUAGCACUUUGCUUGCACCUCUCAUAUCUUUGUUCCCUUCUCACAAAAUCACAUUCAGGGUGCAUCCCAUGCAUUUCUAAUAUGUCUCAGUGUUUGUGGUGUGAUACAUAUUUGAAUUUGACUUGUAAGAGAAUAUCCCUAGAAAUGUAGCUCAGUUCUGGAGAAAAAAAUCAUGCAUUCAUACCCUUUUUGAUGGAUUGACUAUUUUGUAUGUAUUUAUAUUUAUAUAUAUAUAUAUUGGCUUUUCAUACUUUUCAAAGGAUUUGAUACAAGGCAUACGCAUGGCCAGCCACACAUUUUUUAUUGUCAAAUGUAUAUCAAGCAACAAAAAAACCAAAGGAAUAUUUUUUUUAUGGUCUAAAAGCUUUCAAAUUGAAAUAAUGUUUUCAGUAAAAGACAUCAUUAUUUAUAAAAGAAGAUUGUGUUUACACAAGAAAGCAUAUUGGCUUUUUUAAUUAUGUUGUUAAAGUUGAUUUUGUGUCAUUUUAACUCCAGUACUUUUUGGAAAUACAGCCAUUUUAAAACAUCUCAUCUCAUUUUUAUUCCAAAGUAGCUGUAAUAACCAUCUGUCUGUUUCAACAGACACUUGUUUAAGGAAAUAUGAGCAAUAAUUGAGCCCAUUUACCACAGGUACUGUAAUGCAACACACUGAGCACAGCCACCUAGCCCUCACAGUCACGUACGAUAAAGGAAAUAUUCUUCAAGGCAUCGCAGAUGGUUUUUGUAGUGUUACAUGUUACUGUAUUUUGUUGUCGUUUUUUUAAAAAUAGUUUUUAAAUUAGUAGUUCAAACUAUGAGCCAUGGUCAGACUUUUGUUUCUCACAAACUAACCCAUGGGAAAUGUUAAACUGAAUUAAAUUGCUUUUAAAAGAU